AUGAACGGGGUUAUACCGAGUGUGCCAAUCACAACUCUCGCUGGUAUCGCGAGUCUCACUGACUUGUUACCUGAAAUGCCCCUUCCAACACCGCUGCCUCAGACUCUAACUAACAAGUCCCUUUUAUUUCAUCCAAGAGUGGCAGAGGAAGCACAAAUAUUGCUAAGUGUUCGCAAUGAAAACUUAGUGCCGCAGUUAAUAUUAUCUUUAUCUCAAACCUCAUCUGAUCACAUUGAACUGAAAGAUAAUUAUGCAAAUGCAGAACAGCCUUUGGAAACCGAGCAAAAUACUCCGGAGUUACUUAAGGCAAUUUUACAAAUAAAUCCGCAUGUGUUUAAGGGCCCUCAAUAUAAUUCACCGCGAAACUGGGCCCAAGGCACACCUAUGAUGCACACCAAUCAAACAUCCGCUAAUUAUGGGCGAUUUUCACCAUCUUACUCGAGUUCUUCAGGGUCGAGACAAACACCUCAAGGUAGUCCAGCUCACCCUGCUGCUGCUAGAACAGUGCUAGCGCCGCCUGCAGGCAUAAACCCCCUACCCAACAUGACCCCGCAACCAAAUAUGUAUUCUCCGGCACAUAUGAGCUCUCCCGGAACACCGUUAACGACUCUCGGUAAUGUAACACCUCAGCACCACAAUAUGGCUGGCAUGACGCCUCAACAUAAUAUGCAUAUGGCGUCUCCUAUGCGUGCUAAUAUACCUUUGCCACAACAUCAGCCCAUUAAUAUCCAGCAAAAUAUGUACGAUCCUUUAAUGAAUCAACAAGUACAUCAUCCAUUAGGGAAUCACCAACCAAUGGACAUAGACAGUACUGUGCAAGAAAAUCAGCAGUUUUUACUCGAUCCAGUCACAGGUCUUCCUGACAUCGAUAUACCGAUUGAAAACAUCGAGGCGAAACAACAGAGUAUGGAUAACGCAACGCAACAUCUGUUAUCCACGACGCAAACCACAUCUUAUCCAAACAUGGAUACCAACAAUAUGGUAAAUACGUUGAACACUACUACAGCGCCAAUGAUACAACAUCAACAGAAUAAUAACUCAGAAAAGGGGAUAAAAAUGUCUGGCUCUUUGCCGGAGAAGUUAAAAGAGCCGAUUGUCAUGCUGGACAGAUUAUCCCUAGCAGAUCAGGCUCUGAUGCAGAAGAGUUUAACCGCGUUCGCCGAGAAGUCGCCGAGCCGGGCCGCGAAGAUGGGCAUUUCUAAUCGCGAGGAUGCGAAGUCCGACUCCGAGAGCGAAGAGGAAAUCGGUAAGAACAAUAAAUAUUUCAAAGCGCGCGCGAAAGAGCGUCAAGUUCAAAGGGAAAAGGAGAAGGCGGAGAGGAAGAAAAGCGAGGAUAAGAUGCGUAGACGAAAAAGGGUAACAGACGACGACGACGAAGAGGACAAGAAGGAAGUUUUCUCACCGACAAAACCAAAAAUCCGGAAGAUAGAAAAGAAACUCGUUCCUGUUUUGGCUAAACUUAGCGUGGAGGAGCUAAUGGAAACUAAUACGUACCAGCGUUUCAAUACAACCAUAGAAACGAUAUUCGAGAACACAGAAGACGUAGCAACCAAUGCCGAAUUAUUAGAAGACGACGAUGAUGUGCCUCCAGAAUUAUUAAUUCCUAAAUAUCAGUUACAUGAUUUAUGCACGGAAGCGGCCAAGUUGAAAGCAUUAGGAGCGAUGGAGUCAAUCCCAGCAGACAGAUUGGUUAGACUGUUGAAUAUUUUGGAGAAAAAUAUUCGAGACGGAGCCAAAGUGUCUCCGCUGGCAGAUCCAGACGACGAUGUCGAUGAGAGUCGAUUGUGGACCCAGCUGGCCAUGGAAAGAGUUCAACGCGCCGUGGACGCGUCUUUAAUUGCUCUGCACAUAAUGACGUCUAGCAAUAUGCCAAAAAUGGUCUACCUAGAGGACGUGAUCGACAGAAUAGUCCUUUUCAUGAAGUUUCAGUUGCAGAAUACUAUUUAUCCUUCAUUCGAUCCAGUUUACAAGAUAGACACGAAAAAUAAGACUGACAAUUAUAAUUCUAGUGGUCGUAAGAAAAGAGGUCACAUGAAAGAGGUCCGCGAGAAAAGUAUUCUCCAGGUGUACAAUAAAAUGCACGAAUUGGUUGGUCUCCUUGCUGAAUUAUUAAACAUUCAGGUACUAACAGAUACUAGCGUCCUUCAUGCCUCUACACUAGGCGUUGCACCAUUUUUCGUCGAGUCCGUUAGCGAUCUUCAAUUGAGCGCAUUAAAAUUGGUCACGGUAAUAUUUACCAAGUACGAGAAGCAUAGGAGAUUGUUGUUGGACGAUAUUUUGGCAUCUAUAGCACGACUUCCUAGCAGCAAAAGGAGCUUGAGAACGUACAGGUUAAAUUCCGAAGAUCACAUACAGAUGUUGACAGCGUUAGUCCUACAGUUGAUACAAUGCGUUGUUGUUCUGUCUGACAAUAUGCUGCCGCAACAGAAGAAAUCACAGCAGGAGGACGAGGAGAAGAAGGAAGAGAAGAAGCUCAAUUACGUGGAUGCAGACGUUCUGAUCAUAAACAAAUACGAGACGGCCACCAGAAUAGCAGGGAAUUUUUUAACAGUGUUCCUGAACAAGUGUGGCAGCAAAGGUGAGGAAAUUGAUUACAGGCCACUGUUUGAGAAUUUUGUGCAGGAUCUGUUGGCCACUGUCAAUAAACCGGAAUGGCCAGCAGCUGAGCUGCUGCUGAGUUUACUUGGAAAUCUGCUGGUGGGUCAUUUUUCCAAUAAGAGCUCAGACAUGGCGCUCAGAGUGGCCUCCAUAGACUAUCUAGGCGUUGUGGCGGCCAGAUUGCGAAAAGACGCGGUAAGCUCUCAGUGUAAGCUAUCUACCAUUGAUCAAAUUAUAAAGGAUAUCAAAAUUGAGCAGCAAAAGGACUCUGAUUACGACCAGGUGAAAGAUAAAGAGAUAGUUGGUCUAAGCGAAGACGAGGAGCGGACGGUUUUUUUACAGAAAGUACUGCUAGAUUAUUUGGCUGUAAACGGAACCAAGGAUUCUGCGCUGGGCUAUGCCCGCCAUUUUUAUCUAGCGCAAUGGUACAGGGACUGUGCGUUGGAAAAAUCCAGGGUUGGCCAGACAAAGAACAGCCCUAGCAAGAAGAUACACAAGAAGAGGGUGAAAAAGAAGAACAAGCAUCACUCGAGCGAUCAGGAUUCAGAGUCAGAGUUGGACGAGCCGGAUGCCGAUGAGAACGACAAUAACGAGCAGAAAAACUCAGAGGCGUACAGAAUCAUAGAGGAGAAAAAGAAAUACAUUAUAAGUAGAAUAAGGCCGUAUAGUACUGGCACGAAACCGGAUAUUCUUCAGACCUAUAUCGAUUAUAAUUCAGCGGAGCUGAUAUCGCAGUAUCUCGCAUCGAAGAGGCCAUUUUCACAGAGUUUCGAUCGAUACCUGAAGCAGAUCCUGCACGUGCUCACCGAGUCGUCCAUUGCGAUCAGGACGAAAGCUAUGAAGUGUCUGACGAUGAUCGUCGAGGCGGAUCCGAGCGUCUUGGCGCGGGUGGACAUGCAAUUGGGCGUGAAGCAUUCGUUUUUAGAUCACGCAACGUCUGUGCGCGAGGCGGCCGUCGAUCUGGUAGGAAAAUUUGUAUUAAGUAGGCCCGAAUUAAUAGAUAAGUACUACGACAUGCUAUCAGCUAGAAUACUAGAUACUGGUGUUAGCGUUCGUAAGCGUGUGAUCAAGAUUCUGAAGGACAUCUGCAUGGAGUGUCCCGACUUCCCGAAGAUACCGGAGAUCUGCGUGAAGAUGAUCAGGCGGGUAAACGACGAGGAAGGUAUUAGAAAAUUGGUUAUGGAAGUGUUUCAGAAUAUGUGGUUCACGCCGGUCAGAGAACGUCCCACGUUGGAUUCCGAGUCCUUGUUGAGGAAGGUUAUGAAUAUCACAGACGUCGUGGCAGCUAGCAAAGAUAUGGGUCUAGAGUGGUUCGAACAGCUGCUGGUUAGCUUGUUCAAGCCCAAGGAGGAUAAAGACGAUAGUACAAAGAUGCUAACCGAGCCGCCGAAGGCACUGUUGACUGCGUGUAAGCAGAUCGUCGACUGCUUGAUCGAGAACGUCCUUCGACUGGAGGAGACGAAUCUGGAGGAGUCAGAGAAGUCGGAGAAGAAGGGAUCCUCCCAGAGAUUGGUCGCUUGCUUGACAACCCUGUAUCUUUUCGCGAAGAUACGACCGCAAUUGCUAGUCAAUCACGCGAUCACGUUACAGCCUUAUUUGAGCUUGAAGUGUCAAACGCAGGGCGACUAUCAGAUCAUCAGCAGCGUGGCUCACACGUUGGAAUUAGUCGUGCCGUUGAUGGAACAUCCGAGCGAAACUUUUUUAGCACAGCUCGAAGAGGACUCGGUUAAAUUAAUCUUGCAACAUGAUAGGUCAGUCGUGGCCAGCUGUCUCUCCUGUCUAGGCUCUAUAGUGAACAACGUAACUAGAAAUUUUAAAUUAAUACGAGACUGUUUUAAGAAAUAUUACGGACAUCUGACUGAGUACAAAUCCUUUUACGAGAAAGAUCCUACGAAUCCUAUGCUUUUGAAGUAUCGGCCAUUUGUCAGAAGGGCGUUGUUUACUGUCGGCUUGUUGCUCAGGCACUUCAACUUCACCGACCCCGAGGUGAUCGAGGGACUGGCAGAGAAUAUAAAAGACCAGGUAUUCGAAACGUUAAACUAUUUCGUGCAUCUGGAUAACGACGACAUUCGACAUUUUACUUUAUCCGCCAUUGGUUCUCUAUGCAUCCGCCAUUAUGAGUUUAUGUUGCUUCCCGAGUUAAAGGAAUUGUACCAUCAUUUGCUCACAUCGGAGAACGCGUUGGUUCACAUGAGGAUUCAAGUCCUGAACAAUAUUGAGGUUUACCUGCAAGAAGAGGACAAACGGAUGAUCAAACAGGAUAUGGAGUGGGCGAAAAUGUCCAAACAGGAGAACCUGAAAGAAAUGGGGGACGUGUCGUCAGGAAUGGCUAGCACGGUAAUCCAGUUAUACGUAAAAGAGAUCCUAGAAGCCUUUCUGCACGUAAACGUCAGCGUUAGACACGCGGCGCUGAAGGUGAUCCAGUUGAUCCUGGCCCAAGGUUUGGUCCACCCGGUCCAAAUAGUUCCCUAUUUGAUCUGCAUGAGCACAGAUUGCGAGAAGGCAGUGAGUCACAGUGCGGACAAGCAACUUCAGGAUAUCGAGAAGAAGUAUCCAGGCUUCAUCCAUAUGAAGUCCCAGCUGGGCAUUAAGCUGAGCUAUCGACUACAAAAGAUCCUGCAAAAUGACAUGACAGUAAGAGGAAUGCGAGUGAAGGACGGCGAGUUCCCUGGCGCGCUAAAUGGUUUCCUGUACACUAUCCUGAGAAACACGAAGCAACAAAGGAGAGCCAUCGUCCUGUCCUUCCUGAAGCAGUUCGACGAGUCUGCAAAAACAAGCUUAUCGCAGAUGCUCUACUUGGCUGACAACCUCGCUUACUUCACAUAUCAAGUGCAAGACGAGCCUCUGUUCAUCAUCCAUCACAUCGACAUUAUCAUCUCAAUGUCUGGUACAAAUUUAGUGCAGUCGUUCAAGGAAGCCCUGUUACCGAAAGAAGGUAGCAGCCAGUCUCAAUUGCAUCAUCAACAGCACCAUCACCACCAGCAGCAACAGCCGCAGCAACAGCAUCAUCAUCAUCAUCAUCAUCAUCAUCAUCAUCAGACUCAUUCGACUCUGGGACUGGACGGGCAACCGCGACCGGAACAGCUGUUAUCGGCACUCGAAGACGAAGAAGACGACGAAGAGGACGAGGACUCGCUGUUGGCGAGAUUACCAGGAGACACGACGUUGCUAAGGGACUACAUCACCGCCAGCCAAGGUUUCCUGCUGCUGCUGACGUUGAGGCAGCACUUGAAAGACCUGUACGGCUUCUCCGACCAAAAGAUCGGCCAAUACUCGCCGACGGAAGCGGCGAAGGUGUACGAGAAGGCGGUGAACCGUAAGAGCAACUUGCUGUUCAAACCAAAGGCUACCCUGCAGAGACUGAAGGAGGGCGUGAACAACGCCGAGCUGGACGCCGACGGCAGGAAGAAGCUGGUGAAAGAGUACUUAGACUUCAAACAAUUGAUGCUGAAGUUCGACCUGGAAGAGCCGGAGGAAGAUGGGAACGAAGGUGACACGAGCGGAGGCAAGCACUCCAUGGACAUUAAGAUGACGAACUCUGACACGGACAUGACGAAGAUGACGCACGUGGGGAUGGCGAAUCCUCAGGGCAUGGUAAACCAAUACCCUGGUAACCUGAACUCCUCGAUCGAGCACCCGAACAACUCGGUGAACUCGAUGGCCACCGGCGGCGGGCCCAUACCGGUCGCCAUGCCGGUCGACGCGCCGCCCCCGCAGGCCCCGAUGAACGUCGCCGCGUCGCAGAUGGCUGCGCCGCGUGUGCCCAAGCUGACGAUACACGCGCACCACGGAACGGAGGGCGCGAAGGAACACCGCAAGCAUCGGGCGCACAAAACCGAGAAGAUCAAGAAACACAAGAAGAAGAAGAGGAGAAGAAUCUCCGACAGCAGCGAGAGUGGCGAGGACUACAGUGAUCCUGACUUUUUAGUGUGA